AAAUUUUACCUUUUCCCCCGCGAGCAUUUUUCAGGGCUGACUUUCUGCUGUAAUGUGAACCCCUGGUUUGUAGGCACCCGUUUACCACAGGACAUCACCUCCCUCCCAAGCACCUCCCUCCAGAAUUCCAGAGCGAAACCAUCCCCCAAGUGUUGUUCACAUCAUAACCGGGCCUAGGGCAUUGAGAAGGAAUAAAUCUGUGGUUUAUUAGAUCCAUGUUGGCAACUAUUUCUCCAUGGUUUGUCUUUGCCUCUUCUUUCAACCGUAGUCCCUACCAUUCUGCUGUGGCCCUUUCCUACUUUCAGACUAGCAGCGUAGAAGGGGUGAUUCCGCGUCAGAGUGACUCCCGUCGUCACUUCACCCAAGUUCUCUCCGUUCUCCUUGCUUCUCAGGAUGGAGUCUGGUAUACCGUCGACCACUGUCCACCGUGCGCACAGCUACCGCGACGUGCGGGCGGCGGCGCAAGCGGGUUUUCCGCCAGCCUGGAGCGACUUCCUCGACUCUGAGUCGGAUCCUGCCGAUAUGCACGUCGGGGCGCCGUGCCGACGAAGCGCUUCCGAGUCGAGAAAGUCCGCGGCAGCGGCGGCGGCGGCGGUUUCGGCGAGUGGAGCGGCGCUCGCUGUCGUUGACCCUUACGCUCGCGCGUCACGCGGGCAUGCGUCGCAGGCUCCAGGGGCUGUAGGGUCCUUCGGGAGAGGGUUCGACGGUUCAAGUUCGCGAAGCUCGUCGCACAGCUCGUUCAACGACAAGUUCGCACGGUGCGACAGCAGCCUGACGAAACACACGUCCUGGUCGAGCGACGCACCUGCGAUAGACCUGGUUGCGCGAUCCGUUUCAAGCCCAUCGGCGUCCGAUGAUUGCGGGGAUUGCGGCGCAUGCGACGCGUGUGUUUCAGCCGGCGUCGUAGGGCUAGGAGAUGGACACUCGUUCUUGAGUCGACGCAAGAGCUUUGCCGCCCCCUCCUCGAUUUGCCCCAACUGCCGAAGCAGCAGCGGCUGGCGCUGCGGCUGCGCCGAUGCGGCUCUGGCGUGCGAUCCGGGAUGGGUGGAUAACGCGCGGUGCCGAAUCCGAGAAGCGGCGCUGGAGCUGGUCGAAGCGCAGCAGCGGUCCGCGGCGCACGACGAGGAGCUGACGUGGCUGGAAAAGACGCGCGCCACGCCGGCUCCCCCCUCGCGGCGCGCUUCGUUCGACGUGUCUCAGUAUCGCUGGCCGGGAGGCUCGGCGAGGUUAUCGGGGAAGCCCUGCCACGUGGAAUCUGAGGAGAAGGUUGGGGAAGUGAGUAGCACGAGCUUUAGCUCCGUUACAAGCAAAACCACUGCGCGCAAUAGCAGGUCCAUUUGCUUAUUCUCUUCGAUGAAGGCGCCUAUGGUGAAGAGCAGCAGGGUUUUUGCAUGGCUGUACACUUCCUAAGCUCGUCCCGUUAUAGAACGCAGGCCUCAAUGUUGUAUUCAUUGUUUUAAUUUCUAACCAUGGCCAUCAAUGCCU